AUAGCCAUAUCUAGAUAGACUGUAUAUAAACUUGAAACUUUUAUGUACUCGUGUCGUUCCAUAGAGCUGGAAGAUAUGUAAAAAUGGAAAUUUUAUACAAUAUCUUUUUAAUUUUUACUAUCCUAUGCUUCUCAACGUACGAGUGCAAAAGCCAUGGCUCGAGACACGAUGUAAGGAAAUUUCCUGACGGAUUUCUUUUUGGAACUGCGACGGCUUCGUACCAAGUAGAAGGAGCGUGGGACGAAGAUGGCAAGGCAGAAAAUAUCUGGGAUCAUCUAACUCACAAUAACCCUUGCAUCAUCAAGGAUUGUUCCAACGGUGAUAUUGCCGAUGACUCCUAUCAUCUUUAUGAACGAGACGUCGAAAUGAUGCGAGAAUUAGGUCUAGAUUUCUAUAGAUUCUCUCUAUCCUGGCCUAGAAUUUUACCUACGAGUUUCCCGGACAAGAUAAACGAGGCGGGUGUGCAAUACUAUAAUAAUCUGAUCGAUGAAAUGCUGAAGUAUAACAUCCAACCGAUGAUAACUCUUUAUCAUUGGGAUCUGCCCCAGAAACUGCAAGAAAUGGGUGGUUGGGCCAACCCACAUAUCGUCGACUGGUUCGGUGACUACGCAAGAACAGUGUUCGAACUUUUCGGUGAUAGAGUUAAAUAUUGGAUUACCAUAAAUGAGCCGUAUCAAGUAUGUAACCAGGGAUAUGGUGAUGUUGUGAAAGCGCCGGUUCUAAACAGUAAAGGUGUAGCUGAGUACAUGUGCGCUAAGAAUUUGCUCCUCGCCCACGCUAGAGCAUAUCAUAUCUAUGACCAAGAGUUCAGACCUAGUCAAGAGGGUGUCAUUUUCAUCUCAUACAGCGCGCAAUGGUACGAACCGGAAACUGAUAAUGAUAUUGAAGCUGCUAACGACAACAAUGACUUCCAGUGGGGACAGUAUACACACCCUGUCUUCUCCGAGACAGGGGACUUCCCUCCAUCUAUGAGAAGAAAGAUAGCUGCCAAGAGCGAAGAACAGGGCUAUCCUAGAUCCAGAUUACCGGAGUUCACUCCUGAGGAAAUUGAUUAUGUACGCGGCAGCUCCGAUUACUUCGGUCUCAAUCAUUACUCUACAUUCAUAGUUUACAGGAAUGAAUCUGUUUACGGUCACCAUGAUGCUCCGUCAUUUGCUGAUGACUUAGAAGUAUUAACAUACCAAAAGGCCGAAUGGAAGAUUGGUCAAUCUGAAUUUACAAAGUGCGUACCAUGGGGCUUCCAGAAGCUAUUGACAAGAAUAAAAGAGGAGUACAACAAUCCCCCUAUUUACAUAACUGAGAAUGGUUUUGCUACAUACGGCGGCCUGGAGGACGAUGAUCGUGUGACUUACUAUAAAGAAUACAUUAACGCGAUGCUUAAUGCUAUUGAAGAAGGAUCUGAUAUCAGAGCGUACACCGCGUGGAGUCUCAUGGACAACUUCGAAUGGAUGCAGGGUUAUACUGAGCGCUUCGGUCUGUACGAGGUGGACUACGAAAGUCCGGAGCGCACGCGUACGCCGCGUAAGUCCGCCUUCAUGUACAAGCAGAUUCUGCGCACACGCGAGCUCGACAUGCACUACGAGCCCGAUACUGACGUCAUGACCAUCGACGAGGGACAUUUUCUAUUACAUUUUGUUCGUAGUGUGUUUAUUUCGCUGCUGGCUUUAUCAAGUGCAAGUAACAUCAAUGUUAGCCGACAUGAUGUGAGAAAAUUCCCAGAUUCGUUUGUUUUUGGCGCAGCCACAGCUUCAUACCAAAUCGAAGGUGGUUGGGAUGAAGAUGGCAAGGCUGAAAAUAUUUGGGAUCGUUUAACACAUACUGAUCCGUGCUCCAUAGCGGAUUGUUCUAACGGAGACGUUGCUGAUGACUCCUACCAUUUAUAUAAACGCGACGUCGAGAUGAUGCGCGAACUGGGACUCGAUUUCUACAGAUUCUCUUUAUCGUGGUCACGAAUCCUACCGACCAGCUUCCCGGAUAAAAUAAACGAGGCUGGGAUACAGUACUACAACAAUUUGAUUGAUGAAAUGCUUAAAUAUAACAUCGAACCGAUGAUUACAUUGUACCACUGGGAUUUACCACAGAAAUUGCAAGAAAUGGGCGGCUGGACCAACCCAUACAUUGUCGACUGGUUUGCUGAUUACGCUCGUGUUGCAUUUGAAAGUUUUGGCGAUAGAGUCAAAUACUGGAUAACUAUGAACGAACCUCGAGAAGUUUGCUACCAGGGCUACGGGACCGUAACGAAAGCACCACGUCUUAACAUUCAAGGCAUGGCUGAAUACAUGUGCGCUAAAAACUUGUUAAUGGCUCAUGCCAAGGCUUACCACAUCUAUAAUGAGGAGUACCGACCAUCGCAAAAUGGAGUUAUUGGGAUAACAUUAAGUGCUCAAUGGUACUAUCCGGAAACGGACGCUGAUGUCGAAGCGGCUGCAGAAGUUAUCGAGUUCGAGUGGGGACAAUACGCGCAUCCUAUUUUUUCGGAAGCUGGCGACUUCCCACCAGUUAUGAGGGAGAGGAUUGGAGCUAAAAGUACAGAGCAAGGCUUUCCAAGGUCGAGAUUGCCGGAGUUCACGCCUGAAGAAAUUGAUUACGUCCGAGGAAGUUCCGACUUCUUUGGUUUGAACCACUACAGCACGUACAUUGUUUACAGGAACGAAUCUCUAAACAAUUAUCAUAAUGUUCCCUCUUACUAUGACGAUAUGAACGCUGCUCCUUAUCAGUCCAGUGAGUGGGAGCACGGCGCAUCAAGUUUUCUUAAGGUGGUGCCUGAUGGUUUCUACAGAUUACUAACAGAUAUCAGAGAGAAAUACAAUAACCCACCGGUGUAUAUCACUGAGAAUGGGUACUCAAGUUACGGCGGUUUGAUCGAUGACGAUAGAAUUGCGUAUUAUAGAAAGUAUUUGAGUGCUAUGCUGGAUGCUAUGGAUGAAGGCUCUGACAUCAAAGGCUACGCCGCCUGGAGUAUUAUGGACAACUUUGAGUGGAUGCAAGGUUAUACUGAGCGCUUUGGUCUGUACGAGGUGGACUACGAGAGUCCGGAGCGCACGCGUACGCCGCGCAAGUCCGCCUUCGUGUACAAGCAGAUUCUGCGCACGCGCGUGCUCGAUAUGCACUACGAGCCCGACACUGACGUCAUGACCAUCGACGAGGGACAUUAG